CAACAACAACAACAACAGUGAUUCCAUCUACGAUACCCCAAGCGCGGGCGGCGCGUCCGCGUUCCCAUGGACGGAUAAUGCCAGCGAAAGAGCGGGGGAAGUGCCCGUCUCCAAGAAAAAGAGGAGUAAAACAACCACUCACUCACGCCAGGCCAGGCUAGGCCAGGCCACGUCAACCGCAGCACAGAAAGUCAAAGAUCAAAGUGUGGUUCGUACCUUACCUAGACUGCCCCUGCGUUGCCAAAACGAGGAGAAAAAAAGGAUCAUGACUCGGACUCAUGGGCAUUUGAGCAUGGCAAAGCGGCAAAACUCGAUCCAUGCGUUUGCACUUUGCAUGCAUGCAAGGCAAGGUGGCAUUGAGGAACACAGAGAGAGGGGGGAAAGGACCUCCCCCUCCCUCUCCACGUCCGUCCAGGUACACACGAUCCCCCCGGGCCAGGAUAUCCGCAGAUACGUAGCAAGUACCCUAUCUGCGUAUCGCAAGAGAGAGAGAGAGAGACAUCUCCCCAUCUGGCCUUUGCUACCGCAGGCGGGCUCAUUUUCACACACAUCACAUGAGCAAAUGACCACGCAAUCAGGGAGGGGGAGAUGCAGAAGAGAAAACGUGUGUGAGUGGGCUUUGAGAUCUGGGCGGGCAAGGAUGUUUGAGGCAGGCGUUCUAAUGAAUCGCGCCUUUUACUUUCUUGUUUCUGUCAAGUUUGCGAUAGAGAUCACAUGAGGAGAGAGAUGAUGCCUCGGAUACAGAAUGGCUUUUUGGAGUGCGGAGAUGGCACUAUCCUUUUGCUGCAGGGCCUUGAUAGUAAUAGCCGCUGGGCUUAGCUGGGAAGGUGAGCAUCUCGUGCGGUCGCAGCUUCUACG